CUUACCCUCCGCAAUCCCAGAGGUUGAGCGUGAGGUUCCCCAUGAACUUGACAUGACUAUGCUCGACAUCAAUGGUAGCGCCCAGUCGCCGGACAUCCUUCGCAACGUAAUUGCUGAAGAUGAUGGACCGCAUGGACGAUUUCCCCGAGCCGCUCUUGCCCAUCAAGAGGACCUUUCUUUUCUUCUUGCGCAUGUCCAUACUGGCAGGGCCCCGAGCUAUCCGUUAACCGUACCCCGCACUGACGGGUGGUGAUCGUUCAGGGGAAUGGCAGGCGUGGAGAGGUGUGGAAUUCAGCAUCCGCAUAUAUACCUCCAGCCCAUGGGAUUUCGACCCUGCAAGACGAGGGAGGCAACGAUCUCCACAGGCAAUGGGCGAGGUGGUUGGACAGUGAGCAGCAGCCGGAUGACCAGCCUUCCGGCGUCAUUGCAUGAGCUUCGCCGGGGUCAACGAUAUUCCGGGGCAGUCACGUGGGGGUGCACGGGUCACCGGGGCGAGCCUGGAAUGGAAGCAUGUUUCAUCCCGCACCCCGUCCCACGCCCGGCCUUGGAAAUCGAGCACGUAGGUGGCGUUCCGUUGCAUUCACGGGCUGUGCCUGACAAUCUCCCUUCCAUUGUUGUUAGACUUUCUGCACGGGGGAGCAUUGCCAAUCAGUGGGCGCCAUUUAGUCGGAGUGGAUUAAUGUGCACCAGUGCAUUAUCAAGGGAAAUUGGAAAGUGUCUCUUCAUUCAGGGGCCGCAGAAAACUCCACGACACCAGGGACUCAGCUGUCAACCAAAAACAAAGGCCGUAGGAACGAAGCAUCCAUGCCAUCAAAACUUUUUUUUAUCACAUUUCCGUCCAAAUAUAGGCAAGAAGGUAAAGGACCCAAGGAACUGUGUACAGGAAGGAUAGACGAACAUCUCAUCGAGACAAUUCUACAACAGAAGAGAUUAGGUAUAAAGUCGGCCAAGUGGCGCAGCAAAGGGCUUUGUACAAAGCUGGGAAGAAAGGCCACGGGGGAUAGG